AUGUCGUCAGAGGACGGUAAAUUCGUCUACUCGGCCAUCAACUUGCACGAUCCGGAACCAUUGGCGAAUAAAAAGGCGACACUCUUGGGAUGGGUCAUAACAUUUCUGAUCGCAUCAUGGGUCUGUGUGAGUAUGCGACUCUGGGUACGAUUCAAGAUCAUCCGUGCGCCUGGAUGGGAUGAUUUCUUCGUCGUACUCUAUCUUUUGACCAUGACGGUCGGUUGUGUAUCAGUAUGCAUAGCUACAGAGAAUGGCUUGGGCCAGCACGUCCUCCUUUUGCCCGUGGAAACGGUAGAAGCAUUUCUCAAAACAAACGUCAAGAUAUUCUAUGUGACCAAUGCCACCUACUGCAGCUCGACAUGCUUCAUCAAGAUUGCCCUACUGUUGCAAUACCUUCGAGUGUUUGAGCGUGGAACCAGGCUAUACGCGGUGACCAUGGCCCUCACCAUCUUCACUUCUCUUUGGGGCCUGGCGUAUUCCAUCAUUGCCUGGAUACCCUGCGCCCCCGUUUCCGAGUAUUGGAACUUGUCGGGCACAGGAGAUCGGUGCUGGGGCUACGGGUCUCAUUACCCAAAAGUCUUUGUCGGGACAUACGAGAGCCACACUGCCGUCAACAUGGUACUCGAUGCCGUCAUACUAGUUCUUCCUCUACCCUUACUAUGGAGGGAUGGUGCUACAACUGCAGGUCGAGUCCGCUUGGCUGGUUUACUGUCAAUGGGUUGCGUCGUCCUUAUACUCGCAGCAUGGCGUCUCGAGGAAAUGGUCUCGACUCAAGUCGCCACCUAUCCGACUCGCGACCCGACAUGGUACGGGCCAUUAAGUAUCUUACUCGCAGCACUCGAGGUCAACGCGGCCAGUAUAUGCGCCAGCGUACCCAUAUUUUGGCCAGUCUUUGCCACGACGUGGAGCGGCAUCUUUGUCACGCAGGAAGUCAAGGUCACGAGCGAGUCGCGGUACGUGGACGAGGACGGCGACUCGCUCACCAUGAACCAUCAAUCCCGUCGCAGCGGAUCUCAGCUCAGCAUUGUCGAGGACAUUGAGGACGGUGGCGGCGGCGGCCGCGGCCACCGCAGCACCCACAGCACCAACAAACACUAUCGGGACUCGUUCAUCCUGCGUCAGGUCGACCCCCUGCGGCAAAAGGACGAUCGUGACAUGGCCAGUGCAUUGGCAGACUCGCCAAAGGAGGACUAUAGAAAAUACGUGAAAUUCUGA